GUACCACAACAACAACACUGUAUACCACGAAUUUCUGUUCUUCGGAUUUGUUUUAAACCACUUAUUUUUAGAGACCUACUACUAGUUGUGUUCGUUUUCUUUUGGGCUUUUCUUGAUAAUAUGCAAGUCUUUUAAAAUGACAACAGUUACAGUUCUUCGUUCUUUUGCUACAUGGACUAGAAACGCAUUUAUUAAACAUCCUGUGAUAGCGAAUAGUAUCACAUACUGUGCUAUUUUCGCCUCAGCAGAAGUUACUCAGCAGCUAGUUUGGGCGGAUCGAAGCUGCUCCAACUCCUCAUCCACCAGUACCCUAGGCCUAGACAUAGACUGGAGAAAAGUUAGGAAUAUUGCAACACUUGGUUUAGUGUUCAAUGGUCCAGCUGCAUUUACGUGGUACAGGUUAUUGGAUAGAUGGUUCCCUGGAACUUUACGAAAAACUGUGUUUAAGAAAACGAUUGUUGAUCAAGUAAUUGGUUGUCCACCAUUCGUCAGUGCAUUUUACGUUGGUUUAAGCAUUUUAGAAGGAAAAGAAGAUAAAUUUGCAAGUUUAAAGGAGAAAUUUUGGUCUGCCUACUUAGCCGGGUUCUGUUUUUGGCCUCCAGCACAGACUAUAAAUUUCUUUUUUGUCCCAUCUCAUUUCCGAGUUCUUUAUGUAGCGUCAGCAGGGUUUGUGUGGGCCAAUAUACUGUGUUUUAUCAACAAAAUGUCAACUCAAAAACCUCAAACUGUCACUGAAAUAAAUCCAGCACAAGAGCAACCAAUCGGAAACACUCCUCUCAAGACAAACAAAAGCAUAGUGGCUCCGGCAACAUCAGGAUAAAGUUCAGUGUGAACGCAGAAUGCACAACAUAAGUACAGACCAUGAGCCUGUAGUUAACAAAGCUGUUUUAAAUUGUGGGUGAAUGCUUUAAUACUUUUGUAACUUUUGUAAUAUGGAAACUGGCUACUAACAUAGGAUUUAGUGUGUAUUAAAUUCAAAAUGUCUACUGGAACAUGAUUGCUUUAUAAGUCAAUCAUCUUAGCCACUGUCGGAGCAUAGGCCUAGGCCUUCCUUCUUGGACUGGCCUAGGUUCUGGAUUCAUUCAUGUUGGCCAGCACCAUACAGUAGAUCAGUGUUGGUAUAGGCUUGUUGCGUCUGUUUGUUUUUUUGUUGAUCCAGGUAAAACAAAACAUAUAAGAUAAAAUCCAAGCAAUUCCUUAAAGCACAUAAAUGCAAGGACAUUGAAAUAUAAAUGUAAAUAUAUAAAUUUUAUGAAUUACAUUUAAUGCAUAAAUUAAUACAGAAUGCAAAAUUGUUACAGAUUUUACCUACUUAUUAAAAUUGUUUAUUAUUGUUGUUAUUAAAUAUUCAUACUUAUUGUUAAUAAUCAUUAUUCUUAUGAAUAUUAUUGUCACUAUUAUAAUUGUUUUCAUAGAUUUAUUAGACCAAUACCGAUUUAAAAUACAUAAUUACCAUUUCAUAAGCCAAUUUUGAACUAAGCGAAUUUAUUUGUGCAAUGCGAAAGCAUUUUACCGUACACAUGCACAAUUUUAAUAGCUUUGGGUUAAUGUUGGAGUUUGAACAAUUUCCAGUUUUUGCGAAGCAAAAUAAGGCGCAGCCAUUCUGAUCUCACGCCCAUGAGCGCAGAACCAAAUUGGUGAAUUUAUACCAACACGUUAGCUAUGUUUGUGAAAAUGUGCUUAUCUCAAACCUAUUGGCUCACAUGUAGAAAAUAACAUAGCGCUCACACAGUUUUGUUGGUGGCAAAACCUUUUGUGAUGCGAAAAUAAGUUUGCUGAUUGGAAAACCACUUUUAUGGGUACAGAAUUUUUGAGAGAGCACUUGGUGUAAGCAUCACACACAAAAUACAGUUGGAGAUCUUUUGUGAAAUUUUAUAAGAGGGGUGGUCAGAUCUUGCUUGAAUUUCAGGAAUUAUAUUUCGGAAUGCCUUUGCUAGAGAUUAAAAAUAAUCUUAUUUGUUUCGCUUGGUUACUUUUCCAUAAUCUUCUGCUUACCAGGACUACAGUACUCUAUACCAUAUAUUGAAAAGAGUGCUGAGUAAUUGUUCAGUGUUUGUCUGAUGGUUCAUAGAUAACCUAUUGUGCUAUUGUGUGAUCCCUGGAAAAUUCAGACAAAGUUAAGCCCUAUCCAGAUUAUCAAAUUUCACUUGACAGGAAAAUGGCACAUGCCUCAAUAAAGACAUGAUGACAUCAUAUCAUGACCAUGUGUAGGCAAAUAAUGACCGUAUCUAGGUACAUCAUGACAAAAUAUAUGCAUACAACAGUUUUUUGUGGUUGUGAUGACAUAUCAUGACCAUAUAUAUGCACAUCAUUACCAUAUAUAGGCACAUCAUGACUAUAUAUGGGCAUACAACAGUUUUGUUGUCAAAGAAAAUUUGAUAAUUUGGACCAAGCUAUUGAAAAGAAAUCUAAUGUCUAUAAUAAUAUAACGUUUUUUAUAUAUUUUCUUAAUAAUUCCCAUUUUAUGUCUGUUUUACUAAUAUAUAAAGCAAGCUUAAGUAUUUAUCUAGUUUGUCUUGUAGAAUUACAACAGAUAGUUAAAAUAAAAUACAAUUAAUACUGCAAUAAUAAUAAUAAUAACCAUUAAAAAUAUUCUUUUAAUAUUUAUUUGGUAGGUUUUUAAACCAGUUCAGCUCUGCCUAAAAUUCAUUCCAAAUCCAUUCACCUUGUCUUAGGCAUAGUACCAAUUUAUUUUGGGUUACGUUCUGACCUGAGAGAUACGGCAGGCGUAUCUAACGCCGAAUUUACGUUAAUCCGUGGCGUAACUAACGUGAUGUUCAGACUAGGCGGUUAACAAACGCUAGCGUAUAUGUUUGCUGUUUGCUACGCCAUGCACAAGUUCACACCACUUGAUUAAUAUGAUAUGAGACUCGCUGUGUCUGAACAUAGCGUUGGUGUUUAAUCGUAGAUGAUAAUGUAUACUCCAUAGGUGUUUGAUUCAAUGACUGGAUCAUAAUAAAACACAGAGGUCGUGGCAAUAAGGGUAUUAUGCUUUAUAACACAUGCCUAAAUUAGAUACCUGUCAUUUGAUUGGUGGAUUUCGUAUCGCUUGACAUUGGUUAUUUACCCCAUUUAGUCACUUUUGUCUUCAUUUUACCCCAUUUAGUUCCACUGUGCAUUUUCUUUCCACCCGUUUUUUUUUACCAAUUGCACGGUGCCUAGGAUACGACGUUACAACCAAUUUAAUACAAGCUUUUAAUUGGUUGAAUAUUGUACUGGACUGUUCUAUUUAGAAAAAGGGUAGAUUUUUUUGUAAAAUAUGAAGUGACAAGAAUCUCCGGAGGGCCAGAGUAAAUAUUUUAAUUACUUUUAACUUAUUUUUUAUCAUUCCAGUGCACUUCCAAAGACCCUUGUGCACUGCUUAGUUUUAAUAUUAGGCCUACUAUUUAUAGAUGAUUUAAAAAAACAAGGUGUUUUAUAGCCAAUGAUUAUAGUGGACAGCACACAUAGUUCAGUUGAGUCUUAGAACAAAAACUUAGGUGUUUAAUUGUUUAUUCUGGUGAGAAUUAUUUAUUUAUUUGUAAUUUUUGUUACUGUUCUGUAAGCCAACAUACCUCAAUUUGAUCCUCAAUUUGACCUCAAAACACUUUCCAUUUUUCUCAAAUUUUUUAUAAUUUUGAAAAAUUUGGGAAAAGGACGGGCCGGCUCAGCCCACCAUGAAUCCGCCAUUCUAUUAUGUCUACAUUUAUUGUAUGCAUUAACCUUAAAGUAAAAAUAUUUCUUUUUAUAGGAUUAGUUAACUUUUGGUAUGUCCCUGUCUCAUAUUUUUUUUCUGGUUGUUUUAAUAAAAUUGUAAUUGAAUGAAUAUAUUGAGACAAAAUGAAAUAACUGAAAUAAGUAGUUAAAGUAAGUACUUAGAAAUUUGAUUAACGUAAGAAACAUGAACACAGUACUACUGAAGCUGUUAGGUGGAUGAAACUGGUUAGUAGGAUCUAUCCGUACUAUCACAAAUAUAUGGGCAUCAUGAUGAUGUCAUAUCACGUCCAAAUGGGUAAAUAUGACAUGUACAUGUGAAAGCGUGGUUUCAUUAAAAUCGUUACACUAUCGCUACAGUACGUGUUUACAGCUAUCGCUGUCCUGCUGUCUUCGAUAGCAUGUAGCCAUUGUAUGGAAACCAGGCUAAACCUGAUAGUGUGGCCACAACUUUAAGCUUGGAAAACUUUAGGCUUAAAGUGGUUUUACAGUGACCCCACUUGCAUACUUUUGAAGAUGUAAAUGCAAUUAUGCUGCUGUCUAAACUUCCAUCUCAUUCAUUCCCAUGAAAAAUUUGAACUGUGGCUUUUAUUCUUUUGGCUUUAACUAAAAUUGGCCUACAUUUGCAUUAAUUUGUUACUAGUAUACUUUAAACUUGUAUAGAGAGGAGAUACUAUAUCUAAUCAAAGAGGAAGAGUAUUUGUAAAUGGGAUUGAAUGGGAUAGAUUGGAGUUGAUAUGAUUGUGAUCUUUGUAAUAAGUAACUGAAUGGCUGCAUUCUGUUUGCUAACGUUACAGGGCUGAUUGUUUAGGGUUUAACUACAUAGACUUACAAAUAUGAUAUUCAAAAUUGCAGGCCAAAAGCUUUUAACCAUAAUGUUGAAGUGGUCCACGAACUCCUAUUUGACACUUUUUUUUUUGGGUACAAUAGAAUUUUGGAAUAUGGACAUUUGGUGACAAAUUAAAAAUGUCCUCUAAUUUUAUAGCGAUUAUUUAUUUCUCAAAAGGCUGUGUAUCCAUAGAAUAUAGCUCGGUUCACACUAUCAAAUUCUAUGUGACAAAUAAAUGUGAUGAUGCCUAUAUAUGGGCAUGAUGAUCAUCAUAUUAUACCUAAAUAUGGACAUAUCACAUCCAAAUA